AUGGAACAGGUUGUAGGCAAGUGUGCUAGAUGUUACAAAUACUUCUAUUUGCUGAGACAUGAACAUGAAAUGUUGCCAUCUGUGUACUCCGUAGCAGAUCUACAAAGAAGUAGUAGCGUUGAAGAAAUAUUAUUAGAUCGAAAGAUAUACGCGAAUGAGUCUGCAGCGAGACUCCGGCAGCUGACGGCCCCGGCGGCCUGA